UUGAGUGUUGGUGGUAGAGAAGCUUCAUUUUAGUGAAGAAAAAUGAGUGAACUCGAUCAGCUACGCCAGGAGGCCGAGCAACUCAAGAACCAAAUCAGAGAUGCCAGGAAAGCAUGUGCAGAUGCCACUCUGGCUCAGAUCACAGCCAACAUUGAUCCAGUAGGUCGAAUUCAGAUGCGCACUAGACGUACCCUGAGGGGACACCUUGCUAAAAUCUAUGCUAUGCACUGGGGCACAGAUUCCAGGCUGCUAGUUAGUGCCUCCCAGGAUGGCAAGCUUAUCAUCUGGGACAGCUAUACCACAAACAAGGUUCAUGCAAUUCCCCUGCGCUCUUCUUGGGUGAUGACCUGUGCAUAUGCCCCAUCUGGAAACUAUGUGGCCUGUGGUGGUCUUGAUAACAUUUGUUCAAUUUACAACCUGAAAACUCGUGAAGGAAAUGUGCGGGUGAGCCGUGAGUUGGCUGGGCACACAGGCUAUCUGUCCUGCUGUCGCUUCCUGGAUGAUAACCAAAUUAUUACCAGUUCUGGAGAUACCACUUGCGCUCUGUGGGACAUUGAAACUGGUCAGCAGACAACCACCUUCACUGGACACACUGGGGAUGUCAUGAGUCUGUCCCUUGCUCCAGAUUCCCGGUGCUUUGUGUCUGGGGCCUGCGAUGCCUCAGCCAAACUUUGGGACAUUCGAGAAGGAAUGUGCCGACAGACUUUCACCGGACACGAGUCUGACAUAAAUGCUAUCUGUUUCUUCCCCAACGGUAAUGCUUUUGCCACUGGCUCAGAUGAUGCCACUUGCAGGCUUUUUGACCUCCGUGCAGACCAGGAGCUUAUGGUCUAUUCUCAUGACAACAUCAUCUGUGGCAUCACUUCAGUAGCAUUCUCCAAGAGUGGACGCCUCCUCCUAGCCGGAUAUGACGAUUUUAACUGCAAUGUCUGGGACACACUUAAGGCUGACAGAGCAGGUGUCCUUGCUGGUCAUGAUAACCGUGUAAGUUGCUUGGGAGUGACAGAUGAUGGGAUGGCUGUGGCGACAGGGUCAUGGGACAGCUUCCUCAAGAUCUGGAACUAAAGUAUAUACCCAGCGGACUUCUCCAUGACUGGAAGAGCAUUCCAACCUUCGAAAUUUUAAAUCAUAGCAUAUCCGAUCCAACCAUACUAACGUGGACACCCACUAUCCCUACUCCCAUACAUCAAAGGGCAGAAACUCUCCUCUCAUUAUUUUUUUUCUGAAACCAAGAGCACAAUUAUUUGCUAUAGGAAGAAUUGUUUUGUGGUUCUGAAACCAAGAUUGUGCAUUCCUUUUGGGACCAUUUUUUUUCCUCCUCCCUAUUUCUUCAACCCUUUCUUCACCUUCAUUUGUCUUGAAAUAAUGAUACAAAACACUAUGCGCAGUACAACAUAACCGAGAAGUAGCUGUAUUGAUUCAUAAAGUCCAUUUCAUGAUUGUUAACCUGAAGGUUCUAGAACAGUGUGUCUGGUUUUGCUUUUUCUUUUUUCUUCUUCUUUGUAAGUUGGAUGUUUAUGGCAGUUGCUGUAAGAACUGCAGCAGUACCGGGAUUGUAAAAAAAUCAGAACAGUUAAAACUUUUUUGUUUUCUUUUGGUUUUUUUUUUCUCUGUACCCCCCUCUGGUCCAUUAAGUGAAGGUGGAAUGUGAUAGAGCUGUGUGUCAGGGCCUUUUUAAUUCUAUAAACUGUCCCUGUCUUGUCUUGUGAAUCUGUUGCAGAUACAGAACCGUGUGAACAUUAAAGAAGCGUAUUAGCCAUCCACGAGCCCUCCAUGUAAUGGUCAUCCUAUAGUACGAGGAAAAAAAGCUGACGCCUUACUAGGUUGCUCCAGUAAUUGCGUUACUUUUGAGCACCGACUGCUCGGGG